UCUCUCUCUUUUCGUUACCUUAUUCUUUCUCUGUCUAAAAUAUUUACAUAGAUAUAUAUGUAAAUCUAUAUCUCUAUUUCCCUCUCUCUAAUCCGUUUCUCAAUUUAAUCGCCGGGAAAAUUUCCAUCCUCUUCCUCCGAUCACCUCUCCGGCGAUCCAUGAGCUCAGCUCCAAUCCAUCCCCUACCUUACAGCAAUCGUUUCCCUCUGUUUCCAGAAGUAGAUCCAUUCACAUUCAAAUUCGACACCCUUGCUACAGAGAAACUGAAACUUGGAAAUUUUCUAGGGUUUUGAUCUUUAAUGCUCUUAAUUAUUGUUUGAUUUUUUCUUAAUUUGGUUAUUUAUGUAUUUAACGGAUAUAUAGCAUCUGGGGUUAGGGUUUUUGGAUUUGAUUGGGAGGGAGGAAUGUUUAACAAAAUUAUAAGAAGAGGGCACCGUAAGGUGUCCAAAUCAGAUGGCGCGGAUUACGGUUACGCACCCCCUGGUGGUGGAAGGAGUUCCGGCUCCGUUUCCACUUCCAAUGUGGUGGUUAACCACGCCUCUCGUGGUGGAGCUCUUUCCAAUUCCGGACAGCUUACGACAACAAUGCCUGCUGCAGCGCCUUUGCCCCCUUCCGGGACCAUCGAGAGCCUGCCUUUGUUCCGGGAUGUGCCAGUCACUGAGCGUCAGAAUUUGUUCUUGAAGAAACUGCAGAUUUGUUGCUUCCAAUUUGACUUUUCUGAUACGUUGAAGAUGGUUAGGGAGAAGGAAAUCAAGAGGCAAACUCUGGCGGAGCUGGUGGAUUACGUACAAUCAGGGUCGGGGAAAAUUACGGAGAGUAACCAGGAGGAAAUGGUGAGGAUGAUUUCAUUGAAUAUAUUCCGGUGCUUACCUCCUGCUUCGCAUGAAAAUACAGGGUCUGAGAAUGUAGACCCUGAAGAGGAGGAGCCGUAUCUCGAUCCCGCGUGGCCGCAUUUGCAGCUAGUAUACGAAUUGCUGUUGCGAUACGUGGUUUCAUCUGAUACGGAUACUAAGGUAGCCAAGAGGUACAUUGAUCAUUCAUUUGUGUUGAAGCUACUGGAUUUGUUUGAUUCUGAGGAUCCAAGAGAGAGGGAGUAUUUGAAAACCAUUCUUCAUAGGAUAUAUGGGAAGUUCAUGGUGCACAGGCCAUUUAUUAGGAAGGCUAUAAAUAAUAUCUUCUACCGGUUUAUAUACGAGACAGAGAGGCACAGUGGGAUUGGGGAACUGCUGGAGAUUCUCGGAAGCAUAAUUAAUGGGUUUGCAUUACCUAUGAAGGAGGAGCAUAAGUUGUUUCUUGUACGGGCACUUAUACCACUCCACAAGCCAAAGCCGAUUGCCUUAUAUCAUCAGCAGUUAUCAUACUGCAUCGUUCAGUUUGUUGAAAAGGAUUACAAGCUGGCGGAUACAGUCAUAAGGGGUUUGUUGAAAUACUGGCCAGUCACUAAUUGCCAGAAGGAAGUUCUCUUUCUAGGGGAACUCGAAGAAGUGCUAGAGGCAACACAAGCUGCUGAAUUUCAACGUUGCAUGGUCCCUCUUUUCAGACAGGUAGCUCGUUGCCUCAACAGUUCUCAUUUUCAGGUUGCCGAACGAGCUCUCUUCUUGUGGAAUAAUGAGCACAUUGUGAGCUUAAUAGCCCAGAAUCGGAAUGUGAUAUUACCAAUUAUAUUUGAAGCUUUGGAAAAGAACAUACAGUCUCACUGGAAUCAGGCAGUGCAUGGAUUGACUGUAAAUGUCAGAAAAAUGUUUUUGGAGAUGGAUGUCGAGUUAUUUGAGGAGUGCCAAAGGCAGUAUGCAGAGAAAGAAGCCAGAGCCAAAGAGUUAGAAGAGCAGCGACAAUUGACAUGGCAAAGAUUGGCUGCUGCUGCAGCACAAGGGGGCUGAAUGGAUGUUGUCAUGGAAUACCUGAUCUCUCCAGGUGGUAUAGAUUGCUUACCAGAUUAAUGGAUGCAUGAUCCAUGGACAUGCUCUUCUCUUAUUGAUGGUAUUCUUUCUUUUUACUCUUUAAAUUUUCAUUUUGCCUGAGCAUUGAAGAUAAUGGGUGAUGUAGCAGGCAUGUAAUUUAGAUGUAUUAAAAUUUCUGACCAUGUUCCCCAAAUUAAGAGUGGUUUGUGCAAUAUCUCUUGUAUUUGUUAUACGUUUUCCACCAGAUGAGGGAAAUUUUAAUUCUCUUGUAUUUGUACUUUCAAUAGCGGUCUUGUUUUCUGUCGAUGUAGUUGUUUGAACCAUACCUCUUCCCCUCUCCCUCUAUCUAGAGAAGCAUUCACUAGGAGAAGUUACAGUGAUUUAGUGGAAUACUUUCAUUGCU